CGGCGGCCCCGGGAGCCGCGCACGGAGCGCGGGGACCCGCCGGACCGGGGCCGCGCCCUGCGAUGCGGACAAGGGACGCGCUGACAACCGGCCUGCGCUGCGGGCUGCUGCUGCUGCUGCUGCUGCUUCUUCGUCUUUCUGAUUUAAUUUUUUUUCCCUUUUUUUUAAAUAAUUUUUUUUACUUUUUUUUUAAUACUAUUUUUGGCUGAAGGGAUCCGACGCCUCCGAGCGGCCCCCGGCGCCGGUUCCCCGCCGGGCGGCACCCCCGCGCCGGGCGCGCUUCCCCCGCUCCUCCCCACCUUGUAUGGUGGAGCGGCCGCGGGGCGCAGCCGAGCGCUGCCCCGGGCUCCCCCGGCGCUCGCCCCCGCCGCUCCCCGCCCGGCCCCGCGUUGGCAGCCGAUGUAGGGCACGGCGCGGCGCGCCUGAGCCCCAGCGCCGCCACGGGAGCGGCCCCCGCGGCGCCGUCUAUGCCCGCGCCGCCCCGCCGCCCCCCCCAUGGUGCGGCCCCGCCGCGGGCCGUCGGAGAUCCGCUGGGCAGCAGCGCCGCGGGGAGUCCGGGCUGCUCCGGGGCUGCGAUGAGAUAGAGCCGGCGGCGGAGCGAGGAGCCCCGCGGAGGAGGGCGGGGGGCGGCGGAGAGCGACGCGACCCCCGGCCGCCCGCGGGUCGUAUGUUCAGGUCCAAACGCUCAGGGCUGGUGCGGCGACUUUGGAGGAGCCGCGUCAUUCCGGACAGGGACGGCGGAGAUGGGAGCGCCAGGAGCGGCCACGACCUCGGAGCCACCGGCAGCUGCAAGAUCGCGGAGAAAAGCCCCUCGGUGGAGCUCCGCGCGGUAGCGCGCAGCCUGCUGCUGCGGGAGCCGGAGGAGCGGCGCGGGGCGGCGGGCGAGGCGGCGCCGCGCGGGGACCCCAUGGCGGAGCGGCGCGGGGCCCGGCUCCGCGCCCCCGGCUCCGCGCCGGAGAGCGACGGCCGGACCGUGACCUGCUGCCUCUUCUCCGGCGGGGAGCCGGGCGGCCAACCUCCCCCGCCGCCGCCCCCGCCCGACGGCGCGGCCGACGGCGGCUCCCCGGAGCGGCGGGGCCGGGAGGCGCGGGCGCGGCUGCUGCUGCUGGAGCAGGAGCUGAAGGCCGUCACCUACUCGCUGCUGAAGCGGCUGAAGGAGCGCUCGCUGGACAGCCUGCUGGAGGCGGUGGAGUCCCGCGGGGGGAUGCCCGGCGGCUGCGUCCUGGUGGCCCGUACCGAGGUGCGCCUGGGGGGCCUGGCGGCGCCCCCGCACCUCCUCCUGGGCAAGCUGUUCCGCUGGCCCGACCUGCAGCACCCCGCCGAGCUGAAGCCCCUCUGCGAGUGCCAGAGCUUCGGCGUCGCCGACGGACCCACGGUCUGCUGCAACCCCUACCACUUCAGCCGCCUCUGUGGGCCAGAGUCUCCACCACCUCCCUACUCUCGGCUGUCUCCUAAUGAUGAGCAAAAGCCACUGGAUCUAUCAGAUUCCACGUUGUCUUACACUGAAACAGAGGCUACAAACUCUCCCAACGUCACGCCCGGAGAUUUCUCAGAUGCCAGCACGUCGCCCGAUGCCGUGAAGAGGAGCCAUUGGUGCAACGUGGCCUACUGGGAGCACCGGACGCGCGUGGGCCGCCUCUACACAGUGUACGAACAGUCUGUCAGUAUCUUCUACGACCUACCUCAAGGAAACGGCUUCUGCCUCGGACAGCUAAACCUGGACAACAGGAGCGAGACUGUGAGAAGGACUCGAAGUAAAAUCGGCUACGGGAUUUUACUGAGCAAGGAACCGGACGGGGUGUGGGCCUACAACCGCAGCGAGCAUCCCAUCUUCGUCAACUCCCCGACACUGGACAUCCCCAACUGCAGGACUCUGAUCGUGCGCAAGGUGAUGCCGGGCUACUCCAUCAAGGUGUUUGACUAUGAGAAAUCCUGCCUGCUGCAGCACACGGCCGAGCUGGAUUAUGCAGACGGGCCCUACGACCCCAACAGCGUCCGGAUCAGCUUCGCCAAGGGCUGGGGGCCUUGUUAUUCCAGACAGUUCAUCACGUCAUGUCCGUGUUGGCUGGAGAUCUUACUCAGCAACAACCGGUAACCCUCCGAGGAAAGGAAAACAUCAACGGCAACAAAACACACACACACAAAAAGAAAAAAAAAAAGAAAAAAAAAAAAGACACAGACUAUCCCAAAUAUCAUCUACCUAGAUUUAAUAUAAAGUUUUAUAUAUUAUAUGAAAAUAUAUAUUAUACUUGUAAUUAUGGAGUCAUUUUUACAAUGUAAUUAUUUAUGUAUGGUGCAAUGUGUAUAUGGACAAAAAACAGAAAAUGCACUUUGGCUUAUAUAAUUCUUUCAAUACAGAUUUUUAAAAAAAAGAAAAAAACAACAAAAAUUAUACAGCAAAAAUAGGAGAAAGCCCUAAUUUUGAUGUAUGGUUUUUUGAAAAAUUAUUAAUACCCAGACAAAAAGCUAAUACCAGUCACUCAUUGAUAAUAAAGUAUUCGCAUUA